AUGAAUUCAGAAGAAGUUCAAUCAAUUGAUUUAUUACAAGACUUUGGUAUUAAUGCUGGUGAUAUCAAUAAAUUAAAAUCAGCAGGUAUAUUCUCAAUUGCCUCUGUAUUAUCAACUACAAGAAGAAAUAUGAUCAAGAUUAAAGGAUUAAGUGAAGUGAAAGUAGAUAAGAUAAAAGAAUCCGCUUCUAAAUUGAAGACAGUUGGGUUUGUUUCUGCUACUAUUGUUGCUGAACUCAGAACUAAAACAUUCAACCUCAGUACCGGUUCAAAACAAUUCGAUGAAAUCUUAGGAGGUGGUAUCCAAUCAAUGAGUCUUACUGAAGUAUUUGGAGAAUUCCGUUGUGGUAAAACCCAAUUAUGUCAUACUCUCUGUGUAACCGCCCAAUUACCUCGUGAAAUGGGUGGUGGUGAAGGUAGAGUAGCAUAUAUUGACACCGAGGGGACUUUCCGACCAGAACGUAUCAAAUCAAUUGCUGAACGAUUUGGAGUUGAUCCUGAAGCUUGUUUAGAUAACAUUUCUUAUGCUAGAGCAUUAAAUAGUGAACAUCAAAUUGAACUUGUUGAACAAUUAGGUAAUCAAUUAAGUGAUGGUUGUUUUAGAUUAUUGAUUGUUGAUUCAAUAAUGGCAUGUUUUAGAGUUGAUUAUUCUGGAAGAGGUGAAUUAAAUGAACGUCAACAGAAAUUAAAUCAACAUUUAUCAGGAUUGACUAGAAUUGCUGAAGAUUAUAAUAUUGCUGUUUUUUUAACUAAUCAAGUUCAAUCUGAUCCAGGUGCAAGUUCUUUAUUUGCUGCCGCUGAUGGUAGAAAACCAGUUGGUGGACAUGUAUUGGCACAUGCAUCGGCUACUCGUAUUUUACUUAGAAAAGGAAGAGGUGAAGAGAGAGUGGCUAAGUUACAAGAUAGUCCUAAUAUGCCAGAAAGAGAAUGUGUCUAUGUAAUUGGUGAAGGUGGGAUUAAAGAUAGUGAAUGA